AUAUCAAUCAUUAACCUCUAACCUCUCCCCUAAACCUUCUCUCAACCAGCCUAUGGCCACCACUCUCCCUGGUCCUCCUCUUCUUCCUUGAUCCCCUCCACCACCUUUUUCUACCAUCAAGGGCAGGAUGGCCGUCUCAUCGACAUCUCAUGGCCUCCUGUCUAUCCUCCUCCUCAUCCUCAUCCACCUUCUCGUCUUCCUCCAUUGCCCCACCCAUGUUGCUGCCACCACAGGCAUCCGCCUUGGCAUCAUCAGGAAACCUUCUCCGAAUGUUGCCAUCUUUCGAGAAGCACCAGCUUUCCAAAACAUGGAUGCCUGCGAGCAUGCAGAGAAAAUUCACAUUGCUAUGACACUAGACUCCAAUUACCUAAGAGGUACCAUGGCGGCCAUGCUUUCAAUACUACAGCACUCGAUGUGCCCAGGGAUUGUUGAGUUCCACUUUCUCUGGGCACGGUUCGACCCCGAGGUGCUCUCCAACAUCCAAUCCACCUUCCCCUACCUCAACUUCAAUGUCUACCGCUUCGAUUCGAAUAGGGUACGUGGGAAAAUAUCAAAGUCGAUACGCCAAGCCUUGGACCAACCCUUAAACUAUGCACGUAUUUACCUAGCCGACAUACUUCCAGUUGAUGUGAAGAGGGUUCUAUACCUAGACUCGGACCUUGUGGUUGUGGAUGACGUGGCAAAGUUAUGGAAGGUUGACUUGCAAGGCAAGGUAUUGGCAGCGCCAGAAUAUUGCCAUGCAAACUUCACCCAAUAUUUCACAAAAUCGUUCUGGUCCGACAGUGAAAUGUCCAAAACGUUUGAGGGCAGAAAUCCUUGCUAUUUCAACACAGGGGUGAUGGUGGUGGAUGUGGAUAAAUGGAGACAAGGUGAGUGCACUAAGAAAAUGGAGGAGUGGAUGGUGGUGCAGAAGCAAAAGCGAAUUUACCAUUUGGGGUCUUUGCCGCCAUUUUUGUUGGUUUUGGCGGGAGACAUCACAGCCGUUCAUCACAGGUGGAAUCAACAUGGACUCGGUGGGGACAAUCUCGAAGGCAAGUGUAGGAGUUUGCAUCCUGGCCCUAUAAGCCUAUUGCAUUGGAGUGGGAAGGGCAAACCCUGGUUGAGGUUAGAUUCAAGAAAGCCCUGCACCGUUGAUCAUCUGUGGGCCCCCUAUGAUCUCUACCGUUCAUCAGCUCAUCAUUUUGAAGAAUGAGAUGAUGAGAUCAAUGGUGGGAAAAGCAAGAAGGUGAAAAAUAGUUUUGGACUAUGAAAUUUGGGUCAGUGGGGAUAAGGGAGUUUGAUUAACUAGAAGAGCAAGAAGGUGAAAAAAACGGUCAAUGGGUAGGUUGCUAUCCUUUUUCUUUUUACCCUUUGAUUUUUAUCUUAGACCAAGUAAAAAAAAUAAAGGAAAAGUAUAGAAAGGAAAGUAAAACUGUGGGGAGUAAACUAAUUUGGGUUAAGGCUGGUUAAUUGCAAGUAGGGCAUAUUUCGUACUUAGAGGAAACACAUGGAGGAGGAAGAAGACCACAUAAUGUUAUCAGCAUAGCUUUUGACCGCCGGAAGAUCCUCUUACCAGAGUUUUAUGGCGGCCCUCAACAGUAUUUGUUUAAAUACGAAAUUAUGUCUCCAAAUCCAGUUUAGUGUAUAAUUAAGUUUAUUUAGCCUAACAAUUUGUUGAUACAUCGUUGUUUUUUCAUUUUUAAUAUAGUUUUUCUUGUACUUCUUGUAGCAUCUUAUAGUUUGAUGAGAUGAAGCAAUUGAGACUCCAAAAUUACUU